UUAGAAAUUGUCGUGCACUGAAGGUAGGGAGACAAAUUGUUGUGCCCUUUGAUGGAAGCUACAUGUGCCCUUUGACUUUUGAGUCCCUUCCACAGUCCCCCGCUACUACUCCAGCCUCCGCCUCCGCCUCGGACAUAGAAUAAAAGGAUCCGGAUCCCUGUCUAAGUAUUUAAAGACAAUUCCUUUUAAGGUUAACCAGCCCUCAUCCUCAACAUAUAUUCAUCUCGAAUGGACUCUUUGAACAACCAAGUAGUCCAUGAAUUCCGCUUCUUCCGUGUAUACAAAAAUGGUCGUAUCGAAAAAUUCCGAUCCACCGACAAAAUCCCUCCGUCCGACGACCAAAUCACCGGGGUGAGAUCCAAAGACGUGGUGAUUUCAUCCCAACCUGCUAUAUCGGCCCGAAUUUUCCUACCCAAGAUCCACGACCCAACCAGGAAACUGCCAGUGUUGUUCUACGUCCAUGGUGGUGGCUUCUGCUUCCAGUCCGCCUUCUCUUCAGUGUUCCACAAGCAGGUCAACGCAGUGGCUGCUAACGCCAAUGCAAUUGCCGUCUCGGUUGAGUACGGGCUGUUUCCAGAGCGGCCCCUACCCGCUUGUUACGAAGACUCAUGGGCGGGGCUUCAAUGGGUGGCAUCUCAUGCGAACAGAAACGGCCCGGAGCCAUGGUUGAAUGAGUACGCUGAUUUUGACCGGGUCUUCAUUGGUGGGGACAGUGGAGGAGGGAACAUUUCUCAUACCUUGGCCGUUCGGGUUGGGACACUCGGGUUACCGGGCGUUAAGGUUGUCGGGUUGAUUCUGGUGCAUCCCUUUUUUGGUGGAACAGAGGAUGAUCACAUGUGGUUGUACAUGUGUCCAACCAAUGGUGGGUUGGAGGAUCCUAGGCUAAAACCGGCGGCAGAGGAUCUGAGCAGGCUAGGGUGUGAGAGGGUACUGAUAUUUAUUGCACAAAACGACCAUCUUAGUGCCAAGGGUAGGUUGUACUAUGAGAAAUUAAAGAAGAGUGGGUGGGUCGGAAUUGUGGAGGUUGUGGAGCAUGAAGGAGAGGCCCAUGUUUUCCACCUGAAGAAGCCAGAGUGUGAGAAUGCUGUUGAUUUACUCAACAAGUUUGCUGCCUUUAUCAACUUUACGUCACAAAGAUUGUGAGAAGGCAAUUAAUUUGGCAUAUCUAUGCCUUUAUCGACUAUAUUUAUAUCUCUGCCUACUCCCGGAUUACUGGGAGUAUGUUUUUAUGUAAAACAAGUUCUCUUAAUCAGAACAGUAGUUGUAUUUUGAGUUUGAGUCAAUUUGGAGUUGGAGUCAUGUCGUAAAAAGGGACAUCCAAUCUAUAAGAUAUCUCCAGUCUGUAGGAGUCCAAAUCAGAGUAGGAAUCCAAAUAUCUCCUUGUGUAAGUCAGUUUGUAAACUCUAUUUAAGUAAAGUCUUGGAAUAAAGUUUGGGAGAGAAAAUCAUCAA